AUGCUUAUCGAACAUUCCAUGAAGGUUCCAACGGAACGCGCUGUAGACGACAUCAAACUGUCUGGUAUUCCUGAGCCUCAUGACAAUGACGUCUUGAUGGGCCGAGGGGGUAAAAAUAACCAGCAUGUUGGCAACGAGCAACUUCGGUCUUUGGCUCGUGGAAGAAGCAUGGACUAUCAAAAUGCAUCGAAGAAGGGGAAAUCUUCGAUUUCUAGAGAACUAGUUCGAAUCGUCCGGGAGAUGAAACCGCCUGGGAGGUUUUUGCGAAAGGACACCGAAACCAACAAAUGGGAAGAUGUUGGCAAUGAUAUCGCGCGGGAAAAAACGAGCCAAGUUCUCCGAGAUGCUGUCGCUCUUCAUUCAGAUCCCUCUUCCUCUACUGGAAAUGGACCAAAUAUUGAAAGCAAUCCAGCCUUCGCAGCUAGAAACGAUACGAGUUUCCAAAGGCACCAAGCUACUGCAGAAGAUGAGAGAGACUAUUCAGCAGCUGUCAUGUCCUCGGGCCCUCGAGAGAUCCGAUCGCCGAAUUACUACCAUGUUCGUCACCCUUAUGUGAAUAUUACACCACAGUCAGUCCCCUACCAUCUACCAGUAACUCCUGCAUCCUCCGAGGCUCGAAAACGACCAAGAUACUACGAGUCACCGUUGCCUUCCUAUCACAAUACGCCCAACUACUUGAAUACUCCUUCGCACCCGCUUGGAGUCAUGCUAUCACCACCUCCUAGAAACGAAGCCCAUCGACCGCCGGCAUAUUCUUCAUACUACGCCGGCCAAUCGGGGCAUCGUGGCACUUCCAUUCGCACCUUACCCUUGUCUCAACAUCAACCCCCUCAAACAACAGCGAGGAGUCAAUAUGUGCCAUCUAACGAACCCGUGGAUCUGGACUCCGCAGAGAAUAUGGACUCCGCAGAGAAUACAGAUCCACUCCCCAUCGAUGCUUCUACUUCUGGUCACACUGACUUUGAUCUCUUUAACGGGGAGCUCCUCUCUGAUUUUACGUAUCCUGAAAUUUGA